AUGGAGCCGGCGAAGAGAUGCAAGACGGAGGGGUGCGACAACUUUGCCGGUAGCGACGGCCAGUGCAACGCGUGCCGCCGGGGCGAGACGCCCGACGCGGAGAAGCGCAAGCGCGAGGAUGAAGCGGCCAAGGCCGCCGAGGAGCGGGCGCGGGCCGACAAGAAGCGCAAGCUGGACGAGUACCGCGAGGCUCAGGCCCCGUGCGCCCGGUGCGGCGGGCGCGAGGUGCUCACGCUCUACAACAAGGCGCCGGACAACUGCUACGCCACGCUGCCGUCGGGCCGCGAGCUCGAGGGCGGCUUCCCGACGCUGGACGGCCUCACCCACCACGAAGGGGUUGACAUGAAGGUCUGCCUCGGGUGCGGCACCAUUGUCGGGUUCGACUCCGAAGCGAUCCGGGCCGUGCUCCAGCAAGAAGAAGAACGAGCAGAGCAGGACGACUAG